CAGCAUGCAGUGAGGCUCCCUAUGACUGAGCUUUUUCGUUCCAAACGCCUCUCCCAGACCCAGUUAACCAAUUAGCGCUGACUGACAAGACCCCAGCCCAAUCAGCAGCCACUUGUUUUAUUUCUCUCACCAAUCAGCGUAUUGUGGGAGGGGCCUGCAGAGCGCUGCUGUAACCGGCUUUGGGUUUCGCUUUCGUACAGAGGGAAACGACACGGAGCAGCCAUGGUGAGACCUGAGAGGACAAUGGAGGAGGAGGGGGCCCGGGGGGAGACAGCACAGCUCGGGUAGAUCCCAGGACAGAAGGGGGGGGGGGGGGAAGGGGCUGUGGGUGCCAAAGAGAGGGGGUGCCAGGAGGAAAGGAAAGGGGGUGCCAGGGGGAGGAAAUUAAAACCUGUCGUGUUGGGGUGCCAAGAGAGGGAGUACCAGGGGAAGGAAAGGGGGUGUUGGGGUUCCAGGAGAAGGAAAAGGGAUGUUGGGGUGCCAGGGGAGGGUGUGCCAGGAGAAGGAAAGGGGGUGUUGGGGUGCCAGGGGAUGGUCUUCCAGAAGAAGGAAAGAGGGUGUUGGGGUGCCAGGGGAUGGUCUUCCAGAAGAAGGAAAGAGGGUGUUGGGGUGCCGGGGAAAGGAAAGUAGAACCUGUUAGGUUCAGGUGCCAGGGUACUAGAGAGAGGGAGGCUCAUCAUGUUGCAGUGCUAAAGGAGGAAAACGAGGCUCCUGUGUUUUGGGGAGUCGGGGAAAGCGGAACCCAGGCAUAUUUGGAGUAGUGGAUAUUAUGGAGGCAAUGUUGUGUGUUAUUUCUAAUGGCAGGGUCAAGUAUACAUAAAGGAACACAACAACAUUAAAAAUAGUUGUAUGGUUUUGACAUUUGGAGUGUGCUUUUAAACGGACACUAUAGGCACCCAAACCAUUUCAUUUAAGUGAAGUGGUCUGGGUGCACUGACCUCUUAACCCUGCAGCUGAAAACAUUGCAGUGUUAAUGCCGGUAGAGGCACUUCCUGCUGUAAAUGGCACAGGAUGACAUCAAACCUUCCACGAGGGCAGCCUGCAUCUUCGUAUUUAGUUCCCCCCUCGUGAUGACUUCACAGGAGAUAACCAGGGCCGAGGUUUUUUUAUACCCUUUAAUUGUCGCUGAGGCAGUGGGACAUUAUAGUGCUAGGAAUACAGCUUUGUUUUCCUAUUAACUCUCUACACGAGAUUUCUUAGAGGGAGUGGGGUAAAGCUACACAAGAGGUAAGGGUAGGAUGUAUUUCAUGUAUGGGAAAAGUGGUCUAUAAGUUCUAAGUAAGGGUUGAGAGACCUUCGUCUUCCAUAAUGAAUGCAAUGAGCAUAUCAUGCUAUGGUACCAUUUUAGAGACAAUAAGAAAAUUACUUCAGUACAGGACCGGCAGCCCAUAGCUUGGGAAGAUAAACAGGAAAUGUCUAUAGUAGGGAUCGACCGAUUAUCGGUUUUACCGAUAUUAUCGUCCGAUAUUUUGUAUUUUCGGCAGUAUCGGCCAAUAUAGAUACUGAUAUUGCCUAUAAUGCAUACCAAGACUGCCGGGCCCAUAAUGAGAAAUCCGGAGGUCCUGGAUGGCCCGCAGCAAGCUGUUACUUACCUUCCCAGCAGCUCCUCCAGCUCCCUGUGUAAAUCUCAUGAGUCCCGCGGCCGUCAGAGUGUUGGUUACCAUGGCAACGCAGCACGCAGACCGCGAGAUUUACACAGGGAGCUGCUGGGAAGGUAAUGGCUUGCUGCGGGCCCCCACUACUCAGUCCAUGCCACUGGACCACCAGGGACUGCUAUAUCCCCCCUUCCUGGCCAGGCAAAAAGCAGGGAGAGUGGAUAAAAAGAUAAAUAAAGCAUAUAAAUAUUAAAAUUAAAUUUUACACAAAUUACAUCCCUUCUGAAACACACACACGCUCUGCAUUAUACACACACACUACAGAAACACACACACUGUGCAUUCUACACACACUACACAAACACACACACUCUGCAUUUAUUAUAUACACAACUUUACACACACUGCAUUAUAUACACACACUACACAACUAUAUACACACACUACACAAACACACACACACUACACAAACACACACUCUGCAUUUAUUAUAUACACAACUUUACAAACACACUCUACACAAAUACACAACUAUAUACACACACUACACACACACUGCAUUCAUUAUAUACACAAUUAUACACACACUACACAAACACUGCAUUCAUUAUAUACACCCUAUACACACACUGCAUUCACUCUACGCACACUGCAUUCACUCUACGCACACUGCAUUCACUCUACGCACACUGCAUUCACUCUACGCACACUGCAUUCACUUUACGCACACUACAAACACUGCAUUCACUUUACGCACACCACUCACACUGCAUUUACUAUACACACAUUACACAAACACACACAGUCUGCAUUCAACACACACACACACUGUGCAUUCUACACACACUACACAAACACACACACUCUGCAUUUAUUAUAUACACAACGUUACACACACUGCAUUAUAUACACACACUACACAACUAUAUACACACACUACACAAACACACACACUACACAAACACACUCUGCAUUUAUUAUAUACACAACUUUACAAACACUCUACACAAAUACACUACACACACUGCAUUCAUUAUAUACACAAUUAUACACACACUACACAAACACUGCAUUCAUUAUAUACACCCUACACACACACUGCAUUCACUCUACGCACACUGCAUUCACUUUACGCACACUACACACACUGCAUUCACUUUACGCACACCACUCACACUGCAUUUACUAUACACACAUUACACAAACACACACAGUCUGCAUUCACUAUAUAUACACACUACACAAAUACUAUAUAUACACACUACACACACCCUGCAUUCAUAUAUACACACUACACAAAUACACACUGUAUCCACCAGACAAACACACACAGUUCCCCUGUCUAAACACACUGCAUCCACUACACGUGGCAUGUAUAUUUUGUGCAUUUACCUUAAGAAAUUGUUUAUUUUUUCAAAAUGGUAAAUGUACAGAAUAUCGGCAAGUUAUCGGCCUAAAAGUUCACAGGUAUCGGCUCUAAAAAAAAAUCAAGUCGAUCCCUAGUCUAUAGGUCACAACCACUAAAUGUUAUGGUUUUUCCCGUUUGGUGAUUACUGUGUUGAACCUGCAGCAGCUAUGUUGUUACCAUUCAAUAGUAGCAUAAUACCUAAUGUUAAAACAUCUCCAAAUAUCAUGAUGGCAUCUGACAAUGCUUUCUGUUGGUCAUUUUGGAUGAGGAGGAAAUAUUUCACGUGGGUGCAUCUUUAGACUUUCAGGUGAUUUUUGCCAGGAUAACACGUAGAUUCAUUCUGGGACCAUAUUGUUUAAAUGAUUUAUGGAUUAUAUGCUUCUUAACAAAACUUCAGCAAAGAAAAAUACAUACUCUGUAUAAAACUUUCAUUGUACCAAAAUUCCAUUGCAGUUAUCUAUAUGCCUAGAUUUUGUAAAUUUAGAAUAUUAAGACAUGAUGCAGGAUAUGUAAGUUCAAAGACAUACAGUGCCACAAUUAUGGUAAAAAAAAAUGUGAGGCAAGUAUGAUUAUCAAAAGAUCACAAAUUUAGUAUCGCAACAGGGAAACCAGACAUGUAUAACAGAAUCUCAAUCCAAAAUGGGGUGGGGUGGCUAUUUACAAUUUAUGCUAUCAUUAACUCUUACCCUCACCAAGCCUAACAUUACACUAUCCUAAAGCUAAUCCCUAGAGGGAUUCCCUAACUACUUAUCUACUUAUAUUAGCAGAGGGAUUUCCUAACCCACAUUACAGAGCACUUUGUGAGAUUUCCACAUGAAAAGGAGAUCGUCCUCUUCGGCAUGCUGUUCCAGUACAUCCCAGCUGAAAUAUUGUUGGCAGCAGGGAUUGCAGAGUGACUCUAUUUUGGGCAAGGAUGUAAUCACACCAAAAACAUAUUUAAAGGGAAACUCUAAGCACCAGAACACGACAACAGCAUAAUGUAGUACUGCUGAAAAGUGAAUGUCCCUGCAUUCUAUAGUAAUGAAGACAGCCAGUACGGGGGAUUCCUGUUGCAGGACUAACGUUUGGCAUCAAAACACUCUGCAUUAAGACGCCAAAUGCUUCUCGUGCUAAUCUCUAUAAAGAGAGGCUAAUUGGCAUAUCAUUGUGAUUGCCACACAUGUACACUAGCCUCAUAAUGUUUCCCUAUGAAAAGCAUUGGAUAGACUUAAAUCAUCAUUAAUGAGCUCAGCUGGGACAAGAUCAGUGCAGCGCUAGACUAAAAGCAAGUAUAUCUUCGUUAUCUUUUUAGGGAGGACCCAAUAAUCUUGAUUGUUUGGAAAACACUCUAACAUUAGACAUACCGUUUUAUAUACAUUAGUUUUUUUUUGUUGUUGUUGUCAAACCCUGCACUAUUCACUAUACCCUGUCAUACAGAAUUCUUCAAGUAAUGUGUCCCUAAUCUCGCUUUGCAGUCUAUUAUGUCAUAUAACGGUGGGGCCGUCAUGGCCAUGAAAGGAAAGAACUGUGUGGCUAUUGCUGCUGACCGCCGCUUUGGGGUCCAGGCUCAGAUGGUGACUACUGAUUUCCAGAAGAUCUUCCCUAUGGGAGACCGCUUGUAUAUUGGAUUAGCUGGUCUUGCAACAGACGUACAGACUGUGUAAGUGCUGUCCUAUGUCAUCCAGUGGAAGAACUUAACAGUUUAAGCAGAGGCUAUUUCAGAAUGUACGUGCAAACCUACUUGAAAUACCAUUGUCUUGAGUCUCAAAUUCACAGAGCUUACAUUUCUUGUUGGACGUAAAAAUUAUUGUUGUAGUACUGAUCACGUCUUUAUACUGUAUAAAUGUUUCAGGCUGCAUGGUAUGUAUGAGUGACAGAUUGCCAUGGACAAAUUCUUCAUUGUUUUAUUGGAGCAAUACUGUAUAGACCUUGAGGAAAGGACUAACCAGAUAUUCUUACAGAUAGCUGUAUUUUGUACUUUUAGUUGUUCUGCUCAGGUCUUUGAGGUAAAGAUUUGAACAGAGCUCCACAAUAAAGUUCUUUUGUUAUGAGUCUGUUAUUCCAGAAACUAAACAGAUUUUACAGCCUUCUGAAUAUAUAAAAAUGUAGGCUUAGGUUGGUUAAAUGGCUAUUACGUACUGUAAACUACUGUUUCUGUGAUGGAAUCUCGAACCUGUCUAAUGAGUUCUGACCCACUGUCCUAGGUCCCAACGUCUGAAGUUUCGUCUAAACCUUUAUGAAUUAAAGGAAGGAUGUCAGAUUAAACCCAAAACAUUCAUGAGCAUGGUGUCUAACUUGCUUUAUGAGAGAAGGUGAGUGACAUAGUUUUCCUAUGACUUAGUGGCUGACCAUUGAGGUUGCAGGAGGCAAAAUAAGGUGUAUAGCUAUGCUCAUUGAUAAAAUGAUAAAUAGGUGAUCGGGAUGACAUAAAUGUACAUGGAUUAGAUCAAUUGUAGGCAAAAUUACCUGCUCUUACCAAGUUAGUGUAAAUGUACUUAAAAGAAUACCAUGGUUGUCUGAGAUGACUUUUUUAGAAACACCUCUACACAUUCAAAAGAAAAAACACUUCUUUCUCCUAAGGGCUCGUAUCACGGUAUGCAUGGUCUGACCAACACUACCUAUACCUGACGGCACCUGUUGUACCUUAAUUGUCCAUCAUGUAUACAAGGUCUGUCCCUGUAGCACAAGAGCCCAUCUGUAUUUCUGAUCAUGCCUCAUCCGAACACCAGCGCAACUACAUCAGACGCCUCUUGUGUUUAUUAUACUUUGUACUUUUCACUUUUCUCUUCUAUACACUAUUUUACCUGUAAAUCUACAACUACCUUUAAAUAAAGAAUGUUUAAAAAAAAAAAAAAAAAAAUACCAUAGUAACCUAUGCUGAUAAUGUUGGUUACAGUGGAAUUAAAGGACCACUAUAGUGCCAGGAAAACAAACUUAUUUUCCUGGCCCUAUGUAGUCCUUAGGUCCCCCCCCCCCACCUCCGUGACACAGCCACUAGAGGCUGGAUUAACCCUCAGUGUAAACAUAGCAGUUUCUUUGAAACUGCUAUGUUUUCAGCUGCAGGGUUAAAACUAGAGGGACAUGGCUCCCAGACCACUUCAUUGAGCUGAAGUGGUCUGGGUGCCUAUAGUAGUCCUUUAACUCUCUUCAUUCUAUUUAUUAUAGUUGCAUAGAUCACAGGGGCAAACAAUGCUUUUGCUGCCUGAAAUGUAUUUGUAUGAAGGCUGCACAUCAUAGCCCACCAUACUACAGCACUCAGUCUAAAACCAGUCCUCAUGACCCAGUAACAGUCCAGGUAUGUCAGUAGUUAUAGAAAAGGAAAAACCUAAAUCUGGACUGUUGCUUGGAAACGAGGAUUGGUUUGGCUACCACUGCUUUAGAGGGUGUUUUGCAGUCUUUCAUAGAGCCUGUUCUGAGGUUCCCAAGACUUUUAAAAAUGAAAAAAAAUAUAUAUUUGUUUUUAAUUGAACUUGGACAAAGCUGUUAAAAUUAAGGUAUUGGUUAAAAAAAUGACAUGACUAUUAAGUAUUCUAACUUGUAAAAUUUAUAUGAAUAAAAUGGUAACCACGUCAAAGAGAUCAAAUGGUUAUAAUUCCUUGAGUGUUCUUUUAAGGGAAAAACUCUAUUUGUUUUCUUUUCAGGAAGGGAAGGUAGGAAUAGGGCUGCAAAAAUAAGGUGGUUCAAUUCCUAAAGGGUCGAAAAUUGACUGUGGGGGUAUGAUCUAUGCACAAGAAUCACAUCUUUAUAGUAGUGUUUUUGGUGCUUAGAUUGAUAAUUUAAAGGACCACUAUAGUGCCAGGAAAACAAACUAGUUUUCCUGGCACUAUAGUAUUAAUAGGUCCCCCCACCCUCAUGACCCCCCUCCUGCCAGGCUGUAGGGGGAGGAAGGGGUUAAUCCCUUACCUUUCUCCAGCGCCGGGCUCCCUUGGCGCUGGGGACCCUCCUCCUCCUUCUCUGAAACUGCUAUGUUUACAGCAGGCAGGGUUAACCCUAGAUGGACCUGGCACCCAGACCACUUCAUUGAGCUGAAGUGGUCUGGGUGCCUAUAGAUGUCCUUUAAUUGUUGAAUUAAAAAAAAACUGAAAUAAGGGUAUUAAACUAAUAGAAGCGACAAUGAGACACCGUUUGAAGUUUGAUUUCUGUUUGCAUGCCAAAUAGUUUUGUAUAGUAAUGCAGCUUUUCUUAUAGUAAUGUUCUAUCCUGGGUGUUAAAGACAAAAGCUACUUAUGUCUUCUGGUAAUUUCAGAAUAGGAUUAAAGGGGAAUGCUAAACAUCAAAUCCAAGUGGUCUUGUUGCAUAUAUAGAGUCCCUGCAGACUGACAAAUGUGAGCAUUGCUAUUUCUCUAGUAUGCCACUUGAGGCACUCUCUCCUAGAACCCUUUUUUUUUUUUUUUUGGCUUGAUGUUUAGUGUCAUGACAAUGAGGAAAAUUCUAAUCGCACAGCGCAGCAUGCUCAGUAUAGUAUUUGGUGCUUUUUUUGGGAUAAGCAUUAAAUGGGCUUGAGAUCUCAUCCCAGUGAUGAUCUCAGAAGAUGGCAGAGUGGUGGCCAUGGCAAGACCUGAAGGCACCUGAAUAGAAAAAAAACAAACAUUGUUUAACUUUAUUAUUGUUAUUUGCAAAGAGGGCCCAACAAUCUAAUGCCAUAUGGAAUACUGUAAGGUUCUAAAUAUCUUAAAUACAUUCAAAAUGUUAGUGUUAAUGUAAGGGUCAUGGCUUGAACUUAGAUUUACUGGUUAGACUUUAGAAAUAUGAGCCCUCUUUCAGGAUAAUUUGUUUUUAUUAUAUUACUUUAUUAUUUCAUGUUAUUCCUAACCCCAAAAAUAUAAAAUAAAAUGUAAUCUAUUAAAAAGUUUAAAACAGAGCUUUUGAAUAGUAAUUUGUCAUAUUGUGGCUUCCAGCCUUUUGCAUGUCUUCUGGACUUUAUUAAAGCCCCUUCAUAAAUGGGUAUCUUACAGGAGCUUUACAAGUAUGGGAUAGCAAUAAAAAAAAAAAACACAAAUGGGAUCAAUAAAACAUAAAUAUUCACUUAGAUCCAGUGCUCAGAAUGUUUCUUCACACAUAAUUUGCACAGAUUAGUAAAGUUGGCUUUACAAACUGUCGGUUUGCUUUUUAUCCUUAAUGUUCUUUGGAUAUUUAUUCUUGACUCCAUCAGGUUUGGCCCAUACUAUGUUGAACCUGUCAUUGCUGGCUUGGACCCCAAGACAUUUGAGCCCUUUAUUUGUUCAUUGGACCUAAUUGGUUGCCCGAUGGUAACAGAAGAUUUUGUUGUGAGCGGAACGUGCUCGGAGCAGAUGUAUGGAAUGUGUGAGUCCCUUUGGGAGCCAGAUCUGGUGAGUUAAACAAACUCAUAUGCAAGAUAUGGAUUUGCAAUUUUCUAACUUUUGGCUUGGUUCAUGCCAAACAAUUGAAAUUGUUUUUACAACCCAUGAAACUUCAUGAAAACUCCUACUGACUGCACUGGAAGUACAGAAUCCUUCUACGAUUUUGUGAUACGAGCUGAAAGCUAUUGGUUUCUCUUGGAGCUAACUUAUGUGAAGCAAAGUAUUUUUAAAAAGGCACACAGACAUACAUAUAGUAGUGUUACUCCCCAAAUAUCUUCUGAUUGUCCCUUUUAUCCAGUUUACAACCUCUGUCUCUGAACAGCUCAGCUCACAUUGUGUUCACUGUGGUUCAUUAUGUACUGAAAGGCAGAGGCCAGUCCAGAACACUGAAAUGGGGGAUUAAAGGAGACAGAAAAAUGUAAUUUAAAUUUUUUUUUAUUUUUUUUUUUACCAAUAACUAAUGGAUUGAGCACUGACAAAAAUACAACAUACCUGUGAAUUCAAAACAUGAGCUAUGUUUGUACCCAGAGGGUCUCUAUAACUUUAUAUCCUAAAUCUGCAGACAUUUCUGGGUGUUACUGACAUAUCAGCCUUUAAUAUCCGUGUUGAGCUGAACUACAAUUCAGAAAAAAAUUAGCUGUGCUUUAAGAUUAGAUGUACUGUCCUUCUGGAAAAACACUUCAGAUUUGAAAAUAGUUGUUAACAUCUACUAAAGCAAUUAAAUGUCACGUGAAUAAACCACAAAUCCAGGAUCAUGGGAAAAGGCACUAGGACUGAGUAAUGCAAUGAACAUCACCAAUCUAGUUCUUACCACCUCCUGCUGCUCUUUAACAGGACUGCUCUUGCCUGGAAACAUGCACCUAGCUCCUCCUCCAUGAUGCCACCCUGGUUUCAUUAUUUGGUUGAUAGAAUUAGCAUAACAAAGUAUAUACUUGCUGUAAUUGAGGUUGCAGAGGAGAGCAAGUGAACCUACGUAGAGUAAGCUGCACUGUUAGAUUUAAUACAUACAAACUUGAUGUUGUAAAGUCUUAACAUGUCUGACAAGGUAUGCAAUAAGGAGGUGCACUCAGUCAAGUGUCUAUAGUAUGUAGCUUUUAGCAUCAUUAGACAAAUAUUUGAAAAGGCCAGUUAUAGCUGUUAACCUUGUGUUUGAAACAUAAUGUCCAAAUGUUACUCAUUGACUUUACCCAUUAAUUUCUGUAUUCAUUACCCCAAAUAGGAACCAGAGGAUUUAUUUGAAACCAUCUCUCAAGCCAUGCUAAAUGCAGUGGAUCGUGAUGCGGUGUCUGGAAUGGGAGUUGUCGUACAUGUAAUGUAAGUUUUUUUUUUUUUUUUUUGGAGAGCCAAGUACAGUCAGAAGAAUACAAUGUCAUUAUGAUACCCCAGGCCAUUAGUGCAAUGUAUUGUCAAAAAUGGUCUUUAGAGCGCUUGUGAAGAACAAACAUGAUUGUGUUUAACUAUUUAGGUCUUCAGCCCCUUGCAUUGCAUGGGAAAGGUAUUUUAACUCACCUUUACCCCUGUAGGUCGCGCCAUGGCUGGCUCCACUUUUUUUUUCCUUUUUAGAAUAAAUGCAAGACAAUCAUAUUGGGCAUAGAACGCCAAAGAGUAAUUAUAGAGAGCAUAUGUGCAGACAGAUAAGUAAUGAGUAUAGCUCAGUUAUGUGGUGACGGUACUGUGUUCAAGUUGGAGAAGGAUGAAAUGGCAGUGCGCUUAUAGAACAGAACCACAUCUGCUCAUUACUCGGGCUGCCGGGUCAGUCAUAGAUCUCCGCUGUGUGGGAUAUGGUUGGCAGCUAAGCUGGUUUCGGAUUCUCAUUUGUAGGAAAGACAAUAGAUGCUGGGGUUUCCUGGAUUGUGGUGAGGUAUUGGCCUGUGCACUCCUGUGGGUGUGCCACAUAUGGGGACAAGAGACUUUUGGCAGGAUAUUCUGACAUGUCUGCUUCGCUGUUGCAGGGAACUGCAGUAGGCUACUGAGAUUAGAGCAAUUUUUGGAAAAGUCAAGUAAUGGUGUAGCCUCCUAUAUUUUAGACUGUAGACUUUGUCAGAUUUUUGAGAAGUGUUUGGGUAUAAUUGAAGAGCUACCAAUUUUAAAACUUCAAGAUUUCACGGAUUCAUCUACUGGACCCAUAUCCUUCAUGGGCUAAAAUAUUUGCCCCUAGCUGCAUACAAAUUGUAAGAACAACUUGGGCUGUUUAAAAUGAACCUACCAUGCAAAAUCACUGACCUGAAAUAGUUCCUAUAUAAUCACAAAGAUACAUGGUGUAUUCAAUGUAAAAUCUAGAGAUUUGCUCACUUUGUCUCCAUUCCAUUGCUGCCAUCAAGCUUUAUGCGUGUUACAAAAAGAGUAACAUCUAUCUCCGGGCAGUUCUGCGCUCCUCUUGCAGUCUUCUUUGAUUUGCCCUACUUGGGGCGCAUCCCGAAACAGUGCAAAUCUUGUCAGUGAUGUCAGGACACUGGCUUUAACAGCGUAUAGGUGUCAGAAUGGAGUGAAGUUAAGUCACUCUAUUCCUGUACGCUCUAGCCAGCGCUAGAUGUGCCGGGUAGACAGUUUCCAUAGUAACCACAGCACAUGCACUGGUUGCAAUGCGUGAAGAGCGGAGCAGAUCAUUUCUGCUCUCACUCGCCAGUGAAUGCCUCUGCACAUCAAGGCAUUGACAAACCUGUGAGAACUUUGAUAGCAUAAAGGUAUAGAUUAGGAGAAAAACCUAUCACUUGGCUGAAUUUAGAGGUAACUUCCCCCUUCUCACUCACAUAUUGAACUUUACUAGUAAGUUAUAAGCCUUAUGGGUCCUACCUCUUCACUGGCCUGUGGUCUAUAUUCUGCUCCCAAAGUUCAAUAUCCCACAUACAUGUGCUAGGAUCAAAUGGGAGAUAUGCCCAAAUUAAUUUUUUUUUUUUUCCCCUUGCUUCCUACAGUUACUAUUUUGUUAAAAUGACUGUAUCAGUUUCACCAUAUUGUCUAAUUCUACUUUGAAAAUAUAUAUAUAUAUAUAUCUUUCUAACACUGGCAAUUACCCUGGGGGCUAAUUUACUAAACAGCUGAGUGAUUACUUUGAGAGGCAAUCGCAUUGCUCGAAUUAACUUAACUGAUAGCCAAGAUAAUGUAGUGAGGGGAAACCUGCACAUUGAAUAAGUUUUAGUUUACAGUCAAAGGCUUCCCCCACGUCACGAGAAUAAAUUUUUGUACUUCAACACUAGAUAGCAAACAAGUGUGGUGCCAGCAAUGUUUUAACCCAACACAGGUAUUUGUCAAGCUAGAAAAUUAUCAGUUGCAUUAUUUAUUUGACAGCUUAGCAAGUGAUCACUGAGUGCCUCCCAACACAAUUAGCCAAUCAGCGACUGGCUCAUUUGAGGCAGCCAGCAGUAGUCAGUUGACCCCGGAGUGCACUGCGGUAGCUGGGCAUAAGACUGCUGUGAUUGGCUGCCACAAUCACCCCAGAGUGUGGGUGAGAGACCUAUUCAAGCUGGACAGUCUCACAUUAGGCUGCCUAGUAUGCCCUGCAACUGUGCACUGGACAGUUAAUGCAGGUCCCGCUGGCUGGCAGCCCAUGAUGGGCAGCUGUCCUUGAAAUUACCUUGGGUGGAUCUCCACACUGCUAUUUUUCUGAGGCAUCAAGACAGUCUUGCCAGUCUCGGCUUGUAACCGCCACUUUACUCUGUAUGGCAACUGUUUAAAGGGCAGUCACAAAAUGCAUUGACAGCACUGUGCCCUAUAAAGUGGUUGUUACAAAGCAGUAAAGAGCAUUGUUGUUUACACAAGCCCAAAGACUGUAAAGUACCCAUGUGAUGCUAACAUGUUUCUCUUUGCAGAGAGAAAGAUAAAAUAACCACAAGAACACUGAAGGCACGAAUGGAUUAAAACUCUUCAUAUGUUCUGGAUUCUCUGAUUUCGAUCAAUACUUUUUAUUAUUAAACAAAAAUUAUAUAUCCACCAAAUGAAACUUGUAUUUAUUUCUAGUGCCAUGGUAG